UGAAAAAAAUAACAGGGGAACGGUAAUCUUCAAGUGUUGAAUAAUGUGAUUGGUUCCCAUUAUAAUACGAAAGUAAAAUAAUAACUAGGUCACAUCGUAUUGCACAGUAGUCUAGGAGUUAAGAAGGUUUUAUUAGGAUGUGACAAUUCAUAACCAAACAAGCAAAAGUCUCUGUAUCAGACGGAGGCCACUGACUCGUCACGUCACAACGUCAUUGACCCUCAAUAUUUGAAAUUCUCAAGAGAAGGGCUAAAAGCGGGAACAAAAAGGUGAAGCCUUUGCGAGAGAGCAUAUGCGCUUAAAACAAACGAGGGGUUUGAUGAUCUUCUGAGUUCUGAUAGAUUAAAACUCUUCGGAAGUGGGUAGUGAUGGAUGAUGAGAGAAGGGUAGUGUGUCGAGAAAACCAAUGUUUAGUAGAUUACUUGUUACAGAAGAAGCGAGAACAGGUAGAUAAGCCCGAGGGCUUGUCGGUAAAUAUGGAGAGGACAUUUGUUAAGGCGUAUAGAAAUGUCUGCGACUCCAAAGAUCCCAUUAGCACACUCAAAGACUUGUUUCAUAUCAAGGGCUUCGGAAAGUGGAUGCUUACGCUCAUGAAAGGAUACUUUGAUAAUGGAACUGCAAGUUCCGUGCAAAAGGCCAAGGAGAGAAAACGUUACAUUCCCCAAAGAAACUCUGCUGCUUAUGGAUUACUAAUAACACUGCACAGAGGGACUCAGAAUGUGAAAGAUUUCAUGCGUAAACAAGACCUUAUUGAUGCUACUGACGCAAGUGGGCUCUCGCACGCUUCUAUCGCGCCAGAGAAAGGAAAAGGGAAAAUAGGUCUUGGCCUCUCUAAGAGAGAGUAUUAUAGUGGAUGGAGCUGCAUGACGACGCUUAUACAUAAGGGAUUAGUGAUUAAAUAUAGCAACCCAGCAAAGUACAAGCUGACAGUCCAAGGUCGAGAAGUAGCAGAUGAAUGUAUUAUGCGAUCUGGAUUGUCCAUUAAUGAUGAAAUAGAUAUUGCACAAACACAUGCCCAUGUAAGAUCCAAGGCAGAUUCUUCAGCAGGAACUUCAAGAGCACAAACUUGUGAAGUUGACAUCUUAACCGAUGAUGAAAUGGAUAUUGCACAGCCAUAUACUCAUCCAAAAUCCAAGGAACAUUUUUCAGCAGGAACUUCAAGAGCACAAACUUGUAUGGUUUUUAACAACCAUAAUAUCCUUUACUGUUGUGUCCGUGACAUUUCACAAAGUCUUGGCCACAAAUUGACAGGUCACGUUGAUCUUGAGAGGUCUCGUUUUAAGAAAUUUCGCUCUUCCAGUGAUGGAUACACCUUAACUCCACGUUCAUCCAGUUCUAGUCAUGCCUUCAAAGACUGCUCAUCUUCUGUAUGUAACCCAUUUGCGUUCACUAGAUUGUUAGCUGUAUGGUGUGAUCUUGAUCAGGCUCAAACUUUUCAUGGUCUUAUUGGCAUGAUCUAUGAGGUUCUGGAUAGAGAGAAGAGAAGAACUCUUAGUACUGCCUGGAAACAACUUGAACAAGAAGGAUUCAACCAGCUGAGCUUCACAGGAGCUAUGGAUAUCAAUCCCCACGUCCAAUUCAUGGUUACACAGUUAGCUUCAGGUGGAACUAUAAAUGCUCCACGCCUUCCUCCCCUUACAUUUGGAGAGAAGUUUGAGGAAGUAUAUCAAGUGAUCAUGAUUCUGGAUGAUCGAGAACAGUUUGCAACUAAUGGGAAAAAAAUUGAAAACAUAUGCUCUAGAUACGAGAUCAAGAUUGAGGUUAGAAGAUUACCAGUUGGGGAUUGUAUCUGGAUUGCUCGUCAUAAGUAUCUUGGAACUGAGUAUGUUCUGGACUUUAUUGUUGAGAGAAAAAGCGUUGAUGAUAUGCGCUCAUCAAUCAUAGAUGGUCGCUACAGAGACCAAAAACUUAGACUUCAGAGAUCAGGACUCAGGAAGCUGAUGUACAUUCUUGAAGGGGAUCCAAACCAGUCUGAAGCAGCAGAAAUCAUCAAAACGGCUUGUUUCACGACGGAGAUUCUAGAUGGAUUUGAUGUGUUAAGGUCAAGUGGGCUUAAAGAUACGCUAAGAAAUUAUAGUGAUCUCACUAAAUCAAUACACCAAUACUACAAGUCACGGGUGAAUGGUGACCAGAACAAAGUUGUGGCCUCGUGCCCUUCUUUUGAUAGUUUUGUGAAAAGGUGUCAAGACCUUGAGAAAAUGACGGUCAGCGAUGUGUUUGCCAUUCAGCUCAUGCAGGUCCCUCAAGUAACGGAGGAAAUUGCUAUAGCUGUUGUUGAUAUGUUCCCGACACUUGUGUCUCUUGCUUCUGCCUAUUCUAAUCUAGAUGGGAAUAAGCCGGCGCAAGAAGAGAUGUUGAGGAACCGAAGCAAGAAUGUAAUAUGUGGAACAGCUAGUAAGAAUAUAUUCAAACUAGUUUGGAGUGAAUGACUUCUACAACCUCUGAGUUUGUCCUUUUGACCUUUUUGUCUGUCUAUUGAGAGAGAAAGAGAGUUAUGAAACUGAUUAGCUGUUUCACUUAAGUGACAUUGAUCCUACUUACACUAUCUACUUUUGUCAAUACGCUGAUCCAUAUAACUAUAUAAGUUUAGCUUUUGCAACUGAGAGAUCAAACCAUUCUCGGCUCAUAUUUUUCUCCUUUUUGUCAAACAAAGAUGCUCAUCUCAUUAAAAGAUGGAAUCCAUAAAUAAACCAUUCUUCAAGUGAAUCAACUUCUCUAAUAUGAGCAUUGGAUUUGAUCCUCCAGACAGCAAAUUUAGAGAUAUGGUUGUACGGUAAGAAGAGACUCGUUAUUCCAAAAUUGCUUCGAACCUGACCUACAAGCAAUUUCCUUGGGAGGGAAACUUCUGGAUAUCAAGAGUAAUGCAUCUUAAGGAGGUAAGUUUUUUUUUUCACAUUGAUGAAACCUACAAUAAAAAGU